CAUACUUUCAUGGCUGCUUCAGGGAGAUACAUGUGAGUAGUUUGGACACGUUUUACAGGGUAUUUUAUUUAACCAUAACCAGACAAACAGUGGUUUUAAAGAACUCCUUUGAGAAAACGAUAGAAUCUUUCUUAAAGUUGAUGGUACGUUAUUUCAAGAACAUUUUCUAUGUUCUCAAACUCUUUAACAAACGCGAAAUAACGCUUGAUAACAGAACACUAUCACGUGCUAGACCUUGCAGUGCGCAAUUGACAAACGUCACAAAUGAUAGAGAUGUAAUUUGUAAAGUGACAAAAGAACAUACAUUUUACAACUCAGUAAAGGAGUUGUCAUCUGGCCCACGUUUGCAUCAACACCGUUUUACAGUAGUGUCGCAUACAAUGGAGUCGACAGAAGUGACGAGGGUGUCCGCGGUAAAUACCUCAAACACAACAGUCGCUUCUACCACAGACGAGUUGAAAGAAACUUGUAAACGUAAGAGCGAAGAAAAAGAUGACCCAGAGAAAAGUAGUCGUGGAAAGAGACGACGAGGAGGGGGUGGGAAGAAACAACUCCGUCCAGGAGAGAGAUACAUUCCUCCCCCUCAAAAACGCAACCCCGGGGUGAGCUUCAGCAAAGAGCAUUUUGAUGAAACCACUUACUAUUUUGAAGGAGGUCUACGCAAAGUGCACCCAUACUACUUCGACUUCAAAACGUACUGCAAGGGACGCUGGAUUGGGAAAAGUCUUCUCGAGGUUUUCAGCAGUGAAUUCCGAGCUCAGCCGUUGGAGUACUACAUUAUGGCUUCCAAACUAGGACGCAUCCGACUCAACGAGACACCAGUGGAUGACCUCUCUGUAACACUCAGGGUGAGUUCAAUCUUUGUCUCGUCCCUGACUCAGUCUAUGAAUAUGUUGGCUUGAAAUAGAUAGAUAGAUCCUGUGUAGCUCAGUUGGUAGAGCAUGGCGCUUGCAACGCCAGGGUUGUGGGUUCGAUUCCCACAGCGGGCCAGUAUGAAAAUGUAUGCACUCACUAACUGUAAGUCGCUCUGGAUAAGAGCGUCUGCUAAAUGACUAAAAUGUAAAUAGACUGUUGUGUCCUAUCUAUCUAACUUGGCCCCUAUGUUUUUUUAAAUAAAAUCUGUGCAGAAUAUUGUCAAACUCUUUGUCUUUUCCCCCCUCAGAACAAUGACUUCCUAAGGAAUACAGUGCAUCGCCAUGAGCCGCCUGUAGUCGGACGGCCGCUGGAGAUUCUGGAAGAUAACGGGGAAGUGUUGGUAGUUGACAAGCCAGCCUCGAUGCCAGUCCAUCCUUGCGGGCGCUUCCGUCACAACACGGUGAUCUUCAUCCUGGGGAAGGAACGGGGCAUAUGUGGCCUUCACACUGUGCACCGGCUGGAUCGCCUCACGUCUGGGGUGCUGCUGUUCGCCCGCACUCUGGAAGUGUCCCAGAAACUGGAUGUGUUGGUGCGAGACAGACAGGUGAAACAUUCUCAGUCUACAUUAUGGUAGUCCAGUAUACACCAAUCAGUCGAAAAGGGACAUUGAGUGUACUAAUAAGUGGGGCGUCAAGUAUAAUCUCUCUCUCUCUCUCUGAGAGGGAACAUACAAUGUACUUCUAAGUGGCUGAUACAGUCUGUCAUCUUUUACAGCUGGAGAAGGAGUACGUCUGUCGAGUGGAGGGGGAGUUCCCAGAGGGCGAGAUCAUCUGUGAGGAGCCCAUCCUUGUGGUCUCCUUCAAGGUGGGACUGUGCAGAGUGCAUCCCAAAGGCAAGGAUUGCCGCACGGUCUUCCAAAGACUCAGCUGGAACGGCCACUCCAGUGUAGUGCGUUGCCUCCCUCUCACUGGCCGCACUCACCAGAUUCGCGUCCACCUCCAGUUCCUGGGCUACCCUAUCCUCAACGACCCUGUCUAUGGCUCCUCUGCUUGGGGUCCUCAAAGGGCGAAGGGAGGCCUGGUGGGCAUGAGCGACGAAGAGCUUCUCAAAGCGAUUCUGGAGGAACAUCGCUUGAAGGAGAGUCUUCAUCUCCUAGACAUCCCAGAUGAGGGAAUGGUACAGGUGAGCAAUGCGCGGACUGACGUCUAUGGCAAAGAUGCUCAGACACCUCAGCCAGAGCUGUUGUCAGGGGUUUGCAAUUCUAUUUCAAGUGACUGUACACCGAGUGAUGUAGAACAGAGUGCAAAUCAGGUCCACAGCAGUCCAGCCUCACCUGGUGCAGUACCCAGACCAUCUGAAGAAAAUGGAGAUCAAACCGAGUCCACAGAAUCUUCUCACCUAGAUGCUACAAACGCGAAAGAUCCUCUGUGUAGCGAGUGUAAGAUUGUCCGUCCGGACCCCACUGAGAAGGAGCUCGUCAUGUAUCUCCAUGCGUUGCGCUAUAAAGGACCAGAUUUUGAAUAUUCAACUCUGCUACCUGACUGGGCCAAGGAUGACUGGAUUGAAGACUAAGGCACUACAGUGAUACUGGACAACAGAAGUGCAGGCAGUGUACAAUAGAAAUGGUGUGAUGUGACAAAUAGGAUGCAAAGCAUCACUGUUGUUGUUGUUUUGUUGAAAUGACAGUCUUUGGACACUUUGUGAACCAAGCUCUGUUGUUAAUUGUAUGGCUCACGGUUCUGUAAUUCAUGAAUAAUUCUGUUUUUAAAUGAUAGAAUACAUUUCCCUCUGACUCACUUUAAGGGGAUCUAAUACUUUGGACCAUAUAUUAUCUAUUGGACUCUAAGCCAAGAAGAGGUUUCUCUAGGAUUUUUUUCAACAGCCCUUCGAAUUGAAAAUGAAUUAAGUUUGACAAUUUGAAUUGUAUCUUCAUGAUAUUGAAUAAAACAACCCAUUCUGCAG